AUGCAACUCAAAUUCUUCCUCGCCGGUGCGCUUCUGCCAUUGGGCCUCAUGGCCAACCCUGCAGCCGAGGCUGAGGCUGCCGCGGCCGACGUGAUGCUUGGCAGUGCCGGCGAGGCCCUCGAGGCCAGGGCAUUUUCUCGGCCGCAGCAGUGCACAAUCGUCGGCGGCUCUUCGACGGUGAACUGCCGCAGGGGCUCAGGCACGAAGUGGUCGGUCACAAGAAAACUCCGCCGGGGAACGACUUAUCGGUUUUGGUGCGUUAAAUCGGGGGAGUGUGUCACUGUCAAUGGAAAGCGCAAUUGCGGUUGGCAUUACUCUAGGGAUCUUGACUGCUUCGUCAACGGGCACUAUACUGACAAUCGGUGCACUGCGGCUCGACUUGGCGGAUGCGGCGGCGCUGAUGAUGACGAUGCGGCGGACCCCUUCUAG